AUGUUAAAAGGACUAAUUAAACAUUCUCUCAAAUUCUUAAUUACAAGGCGUUUCUAUUCUGCGCCAGUCCUUCGAGAUUAUCAGCAAGAUGCCAUCGAUGCUUGUAUUAAAUCCAUAAAACAGGGACAAAAUAGAAUAGGUGUAUCAUUGGCCACAGGUGGUGGUAAAACUGUUAUAUUCUCCAAUCUAAUUGAUCAGGUGAGGAGGCUACAUAAGACUCCAAUAUUUAGGACACUGAUUCUAGUUCAUAGAAGAGAGUUAGCAUUGCAAGCUACUAGGACUAUUAAGAAAUUUUUCCCAAAUUUUCGUGUAAAUAUUGAAAUGGGGAAAUAUGUAUGUGAAGUCAAUGAUUCAGAUGUUAUUGUUGCCUCUGUUCAGUCGUUGAUUAGAAGAUUAGAUAAAUAUACACCGGGUGAUAUAAAUCUGAUCAUUAUUGAUGAGGCUCAUCAUGCGGUGGCAGACUCAUAUGUGAAGAUUCUAGAUCAUUUCAAUGUUGCCAAGCCCGGUGGUAUUAUUCCAGUGGUUGGAUUUAGUGCCACUUUCGAAAGAGCUGACCAUAGGGCUUUAUCGAAUGUAAUGGACGAAAUUGUAUACCAUAGAGGGAUCGUGGAGAUGAUAGAUGAUAAAUGGUUAUGUGAGGGAAAGUUUACAACAGUGAAUGUGGAUGUUGAUCUUGCCAAUGUAGAUAGCAACUUUCAAGAUUUCAGACUAGACAGUCUAUCUCAAGUGAUGAAUACCAAGGAGGUUAGUGAAGCUAUUCUGAAAACGUAUUUACAUAAACAGCAAGAACAUGAUUUGAAAUCAACAUUAUUAUUUGGUGUCGACAUUGCACAUGUUAAUACAUUAAAUGAUCUAUUUACAAAAAAUGGUAUAAAAUCCAAUUAUGUUGUUUCAACAACGAAGGACACAUACAGAGAUGAUGUAAUUCGUGAUUUUCGAGAAGGGAAAAUAAAUGUUCUCAUGAACUGUGGUAUCUUUACGGAGGGAACAGAUAUACCAAACAUUGAUUCCAUUCUGUUGUGCAGGCCAACCAAAUCGCGUCCACUACUUGUCCAAAUGGUUGGUCGUGGCUUAAGGCUGCAUGACACUAAGAAAUAUUGCCACAUCAUUGACUUUGUCGGGUCAUCAAAUGUCGGUGUUGUAUCCAUACCUACCCUCACGGGUAUAGAUGCGUAUGAUGGUGAAUUAGAUGAUGCUACAUUGAGUGAUUUGCGUGAACUAAAGGAGGAGAUGGCUCUACAGGCGGAAAAGAAGAAGCAAGAAUUUAUAAAGGAUGAGGAAAGGAAACUUGCGAUGGAAGAAUCUUUUCAAAACAAGUUGAAAGACGUUGACGCCUUAGAGUUAACUUUAACCAGCUAUGAUGACUUUAAGAGCUUCAUCCAAAGAAGUGCUUUUUCGUCAAACAUAGAUGGACUUUCAGAUAGUCAAAAGGAGGUGAAGUUUCUACAUUCAUCGCAAUACCCAUGGGUCAAGUUUUCCGCUGGUGGUUGGGCACUACCUAUACAAUACGGAAACCACCUAAGAAUUUAUAAGGUGAAGAAGAAAGGAAAAAUUACUCAUGAAAAUUCAACAGGUGCUUAUACAUUGAAGUUGUAUCGAAAAAUCCCAUAUAUGAAUGAAAACUUGGGUGUGAAGUUUGUUCCAAGAACUAUUAUAUCUAGUGUAGACCUAUUACAGAUCAUUGGGAAGGUUGAGGAAUUAUUCAAAGAGCUGCACAGGAAGGAACUGCCUGAUAGAGUCACACCAGUUAAGAAUUAUACGAAGUUCGCCAAAUGGAGAACACAGCCAGCAACCGUCAAACAACAAAGUUUCAUAAAGAAGAAGCUGCUUAAUGAAUUUAAUAAGCAUCAGGAGAUAUUUCAGGGAAUCUCUCAUUUAGAUAUCGAAAGAUAUGUAGAUUCAUUGUCAAAGGGUAACGGAUCGAAUAUUUUGUUUGCAAUUAGUAUAGCACCGGUAUAUCCUAUUCGGGCUUUACUGCAAGCACUGAAAUACAAAAAGGCUCCUCAAUAA